UUCUGCAACCGCUAGCAAAUCCCUCACCUUUUCGCAACUUUCCCACCGCUGUCGACAUUAAUCAAAGCUUCACAAUUUAUAUUGCACUCAUUUGGCGAGUUCUUAUUUAUCGUUGAAAUUCGAAUUGAGCAUGUCUCGUAGGUCAUCGGUCAUGCCGUCGAAUACUUCUACGAAUAGCGGUGUCCCGCCCGCCGGCGACGGAGGCCAGGAAAAGCAGAAGAUGCUUCUGUCUGCGGAAACAGGGCACUUCAGCAUGGUCAGGGCUUUGCAUCUUGCAGAUCUAGUAACUGAGCUUAAUGGAUUUUGUGGAGUUAUGUCUGUCCUCUCGUCUAUGCGUUACUGUCUAGGAGACCCCCAUGACUAUGGUGCUAUCUGGUCUGCGCUUGGAUUUAUGCCUUUCGGGCUUUUCUUUGAUUUUAUGGAUGGAAAGAUUGCAAGGUGGAGGAACAAGUCAUCGCUCAUGGGACAAGAGCUCGACUCCUUGGCAGAUUUGAUUUCCUUUGGUAUGGCACCGGCCGCGGCAGCCUUCGCUCUCGGAGUCCGCACAAAUGUCGACCACCUCCUCCUAGCUUUUUUCGUCCUUUGUGGCCUGACACGGUUAGCCCGGUUCAACGUGACAGUUGCCGUACUUCCCAAGGACAAGACUGGAAAGUCGAAAUAUUUUGAGGGCACGCCGAUUCCGACAACACUAUCCAUUGCAUCGCUCAUGGCUUACUGGGUUUCUCAGGGAUGGAUUCAAGAAGACCUACCGCUGGGCGUUAUUGCGCAGGGCACGGCUUUUGAAUUUCACCCUGUGGCGUUGUUGUUUGUUCUGCAUGGCUGCCUGAUGGUCAGCAAGUCUAUACAUAUCCCCAAACCCUGAACACCAAAAGCUUUGCACCGACAAGUGAAAAGACAAAAGGCAUUCCUGUAUUGGAAUCUUUAAUUGAUAGAAAAGUGUUGAUGAGACUUUAGCAUAUAUAUGUAACUAAGCUAGAACGAAAGCGGUCACGAAGCAUUUCCUGAAGAUAAUGCUGUUUUGACGAAGAAAAUUUGGAUUGCGAAGAGCUGCGGAUAGUCUUACUGGUCUGGCCAUUUUGUUUGCUAGGCUGACCUUCGUAAAUCCAUUCUAUCAUUCACUGCUUGGUAAAGUAGGCAUAAGAUUU